AAAUUUAAAUACCUUUCCACAAACAAUCUAAUAAAAAUGACGUCUAAAGAAUGCCGCAUUUGCUUGCGGUAUGAGCAAAACUGUGUCUCACUGUUUGCGAAACGAAGGGGUACCAAAUUGGCUGAAAUAGUUCGGUUCUGCGCCCGUGUUGAGAUAUCCGAGGACGAUGAACUUCCGGGAGACGCCUGCGGAAGAUGUGCAGAUGAAGCACUGAAUGCGUACCUAUUUGUCAACAAGUGUCGCCGGUCCGAUGCCGAAUUGCGAACAGCUCAAGCCAAUUUUAAAGAGGAAUACGAAGAAGACGAAACCGUAGACCCUGGAGACAAUGGACCUCCCGAAGUUAGGGAUGCCGUGGAAGAUGAUCCACAAAUCGAGUCUGUUGCUGAAGAGGAGGAGGAUAUACCAAGAGAACAUUCUCCAACUGAAAGUGAUUCGAUGCACGAUCAGCAAGUCGUCGAAAGGACAGAAGCGACUGAAACUGAAGCAGCAGAAACGGCGAGUUCAUUCCAGGAAUCCGUACAAUAUGAGAUAUCCGAGUUGGACGAGGAAAUGGACUUGAUAGAAUUGAGGGAUCAGCUACAUCAGAAACCAAGUGACGAUAAGCUUGAAGUUGAUGUCCCGUCAGCUCAAGUGAAACAGGAAUGCUUCGAUGAGCAUUGCGAAGAAAAUGAAGAUGAUAACAGGGAAGAUCAAUACCUGGUGGAAUAUUUAGACGAUAACUUCAGGGAUGAUUUUUCAGAUGCAAUCGAAGAAACUGAAUUUGUACAUGAUGAAACAGAGAAGGAAUCCUUACAAGGAUCGCUAAUGGUUGACGGUGUGAAGCAUGUCAUAUGUUGUGGGAUCCGCUGUAGGGCUGUUUUUAAUAGUAUUCAAGAGCUGACGGAACACUCAACUGAAGUUCAUUUGCCCUUGCGAGAACCUGAAUCGAAGGAAAAAUCCUACGAAUGCCAUCGCUGCUACGCUCGUUUUAGUUCCGAAAAGAGUCUUACAAUGCAUACUAGAAAAUUGCAGCACUGCACAAUCUGCAUGCAAAUUUUCUUUUCGCUUAAAGAAAAACGACUCCACAUGCACCAAGUUCAUGGAGAGUUAGCCCCAGCAGCGGAAAAACAAUCGUCCCAAAGGAUUUGUUGUGGAUGUCAUGAAGAGUUUGAGAGCGUGAAGGAUCUUCGAAAUCAUAGCGAAGAAGUCCAUUCAAUACGAAAAGGUGCUACGGAUGAAACAAGGCCGUUUCAGUGUGACAUUUGCUACAAGCUGUUCCGGACGUUCGAAAGUUUAAGGAUUCACCAGCGGUUUGUGUACAGGCCUAAGAAUUUCGUUUGCAAAGUUUGUGUUCGAGCUUUCGACACUCGUUCUAAACUGCUAACCCAUCAGUUGGUGCACUCGAACAAGCGCAACUUUCGGUGUGACAAGUGUGACAAAUCGUUCAAAAAGGACAUAGAUCUCAAGAGCCACCUACUGCUACACGAGGAGAAACGAGAAAUAUGCAGCGUCUGUGGGCUGAAAUUCCAUCGUAAAUCUAAUCUGAAGAUGCACAUGAGAAAACAUCAGAACACGUUCUUCUACGCUUGUUCCGAGUGUCCAAAAAAGUUCAAAAAUAAUUCCCAUCUCAAGGAGCACUUCAAGGUGCACUCGAAGCAGAAGCCUUAUCCUUGUAGUUUUUGCAAGCGCAGCUUUGGCUACUGUAGCGACCGGAAACGACACGAGAUGACCCAUACCGGCAACUAUCCGUUCGAGUGUUCCUGUUCGAAGAAGUUUGCUCGGAAAACGACCUACGAAAAACACGUGGCGCACUGUCAGGAGGGUCCGGUGAGGGAUGAUCCGAUUUGAGGGGUUAGGUUUAUUGAAGAUAAUAAAAACCGA